CGCAGAAGCUCAUAAAUGCCAAUGUUCGAAAGUAUUUGUCUAAUUGGCUAUUUUUCACCUUUACAACCUUUCCGAUCUUUUCGAUCUUCUCAUCAAUCCAAAUUCUAGAAACUAGAAUACAUAAAACAGCUAACAACCGUCCCAUUCCUUACGCAAAGCUAUUGAAUACGAAUUUCAAAUGAUGCGAGGAUUGAUCUGGCACUUGGUCACAGAAGUAUUCUCCCAACAUUUCUUUAACCAUGUCUUUCAUAAUUCCUAACAAGAUAAACUUGAAUGGAUGUGAUGGCUCGGUGCUGCUGGACGGAUCGGCGAGUAGGCCAAGCGAACAGGACGCACCGCCGAACCUGAUCUUGAGAGCCAAGGCGUUCGAGAUCAUCAACGACCUGCGCGAGCGGGUCCGCAAGGAGUGCGGAAGAGUCGUCUCCUGCGCUGAUCUCGUCGCACUUGCCGCUCGCGACUCUGUUUUCUUGGUAUGCUUUUCCUCUACUCUCUACGUUUGUCCCCCUACCGGCUUCAACCACACCACUGUGUUGGACAUCAGGAGCGCCAACAAGUUCGACAACAAGUACUACGUUGACCUCGUGAAUCGCCAGGGGCUGUUCACCUCCGACCAAGAUCUGUACACUGAUCCUGGGACCAAGGACAUUGUCGAGAUCUUUGCCGCUGAUGAAACGCUGUUCUUUGAGAAAUUCGUGCAUUCCAUGAUUAAGAUGGAACAACUGAGCGUAUUGACUGGGAAGCAAGGAGAAAUUCGUGCAAAUUGCUCUGUGAGGAAUUCCGAUCAUAAGCUCUUGACUUCUGCGGUUGAAGACGAAGCCGAGGAGGCCUGGUCUGAGUUGAAAUGAGGGUUGUUUAAUUUGGAUGUUUAAUUUCUAGCUGCAUAUUCCUGCGUUUUACUAAUGUAUUUUAUUUGCAAGUGGGGUUUGUAACUUUUUAUCAUCUUAUCUUCAAGCUAUGGUGAAUUAAUUGCCUCUACAAUU